AUGCAUGCAUUCUUUGAUGGAUAUAUUACCCGUCAAAGCACUCUUAGGAUGUUUGUUCACCAGUAUGAGUUAGCUAUAGGAGCUAAGCAUGAGAAAGAGUUGGAAGCGGAAUACAGGUCAAAGGGAUUUCAAAUUGUGUGUGAGUCAAUAUUCAAGUGGGAGGAGCAGGCAAUUCAGUGUUAUACGCAUACAGUGUAUGAAUUUUUCAAGACACAGCUAAGGAAAUUAUAUCAAUGUGAAGUCAGCAGCCCGGACGAUCAUCAAGUUGUCCAUGGUGUUGAGAAAUUCAUCGUUAGUGAUUAUUCAAUUUUUAAAAAAAAUGCUAGAAAUCCAGUUGAGUACACUGUUGCAUAUAUACCUAUCGGCGAUUAUUUUAGUUACAGCUGCAAAUGGUUCGAGUCUAGAGGGAUACUUUGUUGCCAUAUACUCAAGAUCUUGCCGCACAAGAAGAUUGAUAAAAUUGAUGAAAGGUAUAUACUGACAAGGUGGAGAAGAGAUGCUAUUAGGCCACACUUGAAUCGGUUCCAUCAAAUUGGUUACCCAAACAUGACCCCUGAGUACAAGACAUACAGGAGCAUGUUGAAGCAUUUUGACAUGGCUUGUGAUAUAGCACUGGGCACUAGCGUGAAGGUUCAAUAUGUUAAGCAUAAUUUGAAGAAGAUGGUGCAUGAUCUUCAAAAUUGGGACGACAAAAUGAUCGUGCCAAACCUCGACCAGGAUGACUCAGAUGAAACUGAAGGCACAACUCUACGAGAUCCCCAUUAUACUAAUUCACAUGGCAGGACGUGUUUGAAUCGAUAUAGAGGAAGAAUUGAAUACUACUUUACAAGUUCACAGCCGCGUGGUGUAUUUGGAGCUAGUAAUGGCGCAAGAACUGGUGUUAGAGGAGGUGGUAGGGGUGGUGGAUGA